AUGGCCCUGGCUGCAGGCUUGUUGGCAAAGAGGCCAGCUGGUGAUGGAACCCGCAUCAUCGGCGUGCAACGGUCAGCCCAGAUUCUGUGUCUCAGGAACCAUACGGAGUCAGGUUUGACUUCUGAUUUGAUAACACAGGAGUGCAGUCAAGACGCCUCGUGGAAGCCGAAGCGGCACUUCCCGCGUGGCCCUCCUGCCAGCCGCGCGCCUCAGAUGAGAGCAGCGCCCAGGCCAGCGCCCGCAGCUCAGCCACCAGCAGUGGCUCCAGCAUCUGCUGCUGCUCCCCGGCAGCCAGGUCUGAUGGCCCAGAUCGCAACCGCUGCUGCUGGCGUGGCUGUGGGUUCUGCCGUCGGCCACACUCUGGGUCACGCCGUCACUGGGGGCUUCAGUGGAGGAAGCAGUGCUGAACCCUCAAGGCCUGAUACCACUUACCAGGAACCUCAGGGAACCCAGCCGGCACAACUGCAGCAGAAUGGCCCCUGCUUCUAUGAGGUGAAACAGUUUCUGGAGUGUGCCCAGAGCCAGGGUGACCUUAAACUUUGCGAGGGUUUCAGCGAGGUGCUGAAACAGUGCAGACUGGCCAAUGGAUUAGCUUAA